CUUUUUUUCCCUGCCGUCCCGGCCGGCGAGGCGAGGGGAGUCCCCAUCUGGGUCUGACCAUCUCGCCGAGCAGACUCGAGAGGUGGAAGACUCCCUCGAGCGGAGCCGAGGAGAAGGGGAGGGAACUCGAGGACGAGAUGACGAUCCGGUUCGUGCUGUUCGUGAACAAGCAGGGCCAGACGCGGGUGGCGCAGUACUACGAGCACCUCUCCCUCGACGAGCGCCGCGCCCUCGAGGGCGAGAUCGUCCGCAAGUGCCUCGCCCGCACUGACCAGCAGUGCUCGUUCGUGGAGCACCGGAACUACAAGGUCGUGUACAGGCGCUACGCCUCCCUCUUCUUCCUCGUAGGCGUCGACAACGAUGAGAAUGAGUUAGCUAUCCUUGAAUUUAUACAUCUUUUGGUGGAGACUAUGGAUCGCCACUUUGGCAAUGUGUGUGAGCUUGACAUCAUGUUCCACCUGGAGAAGGUUCACUUCAUGCUGGAAGAGAUGGUGAUGAAUGGUUGCAUUGUGGAGACAAGUAAACAGAACAUCUUGGCACCGAUCCAGCUUAUGGAGAAAACUUCUUAAAGAUACUAAGGAAUAAUGAACCAAGCUGUGAAUUGGUGCCGAUGCCUGAAGACAUAAAAUGAAUGAACUACUGGGACUAUUUUAGUGUGAUGAUUAUUUUACAAACAUGAGGUUAUAGAACAUGUAGAUUGUAUCAUAAUAUGAUUCUUUAUAUUUACUUGUCAGGAUGAAUGGAAUUGGGAUGUCAGAGUGAACUGCUGGCAAAAGUCCCUCCCAUCAGUGAACUUAAAGAAUUUCUGUUGACCAUGCUAAUUUGAUAGGACAGUGCUUAGGUUUUGGUAUAUUACUUUAAUUUAGCCGAAUUGUGCUUCCAAGGGUAAACAUAAUUUGGUACUGUCGUUGGACACUGGAGCGGGGAUAGACUUUUCGGGAGAUUUG